UAAGAAAGACUGGUCGCGGCGGGCUCGGCGUGCAGCACGUCGGGCAGCAUGGGCGUCGGGGUCCUCUUCCUGCGGCGGGCGCUGGCCGCGCGUCCCUCCCGGGCUCCCGUGGCCUUCGCCACGAGCCGGCGCCUGCUGCGCACCAGUCCGCCCAGCCGAGCUUUCGCCAAGCAGCUCUUCCUCGGCAAAAUCGAGAAGAAAGAAGUUUUCCCGUUUCCAGAAGUUAGCCAAGAUGAACUUAAUGAAAUCAAUCAGUUUGUGGGACCUCUAGAAAAAUUCUUCACUGAAGAGGUGGACUCUGAAAGAAUUGACCGGGAGGGAAAAAUCCCAAAUGAAACAUUAGAGAAGUUGAAGAACCUGGGGCUUUUUGGGAUGCAAGUCCCAGAAGAAUACGGUGGCCUGGGCCUCUCCAACACCAUGUAUGCACGUCUAGGAGAGAUCAUUGGCCUGGAUGGGUCGAUUGCUGUGACCCUGGCGGCGCAUCAGGCUAUUGGCCUCAAGGGGAUCAUCUUGGCAGGCAACAAGGAGCAGAAGGCCAAAUACCUGCCCAGACUGGCAUCGGGGGAGCACAUCGCCGCCUUCUGUCUGACGGAGCCAACCAGUGGCAGUGAUGCGGCCUCCAUCAAGACCAGGGCCACGCUGAGUGAGGAUAAGAAGCACUACAUCCUCAAUGGCUCCAAGAUCUGGAUCACCAAUGGAGGAAUCGCCAAUGUUUUUACUGUGUUUGCAAAGACACAGGUGGUGGAUUCUGACGGCUCCGUAAAAGACAAAAUCACAGCACUCAUAGUAGAGAGAGACUUUGGUGGAGUCACUAAUGGGAAACCCGAGGAUAAAUUAGGCAUACGUGGCUCCAACACUUGCGAGGUCCAUUUUGAAAACACCAAGGUGCCCAUCGAAAAUGUCCUUGGAGAAGUCGGAGGCGGGUUUAAGGUGGCCAUGAACAUCCUCAACAGUGGGCGGUUCAGCAUGGGCAGCCUUGUGGCCGGGAUGCUCAAGAAAUUGAUAGAAAUGACUGCUGCAUAUGCCUGCACCAGGAAACAGUUCAAUAAGAACCUCAGUGAAUUUGGACUUAUUCAGGAAAAGUUUGCCCUGAUGGCUCAGAAGACUUAUGUAAUGGAAAGUAUGGCCUACCUCACUGCGGGGAUGCUGGACCAACCAGGGUUUCCCGACUGCUCCAUCGAGGCUGCCAUGGUGAAGGUGUUCAGCUCGGAGGGUGCCUGGCAGUGCGUGAGUGAGGCACUGCAGGUCCUCGGGGGCUCAGGCUACAUGAGGGAUUACCCAUAUGAGCGCUUGCUACGUGACAGCCGCAUCCUGCUCAUCUUCGAGGGAACCAACGAGAUUCUCCGGAUGUACAUUGCCCUGACAGGUCUGCAGCAUGCUGGCCGCAUCCUGACCACAAGGAUCAAUGAGCUUAAACGGGGCAAUGUGACCACUGUCAUCGAGACUGUCAGCCAGAGGCUUCGAGACUCCCUGAGCCGAACCGUGGACCUGGGGUUGACAGGGAAGCUGGGAGCUGUGCACCCCAGUGUCGCAGACAGCGCCAACAAGCUCGAGGAGAAUGUGUAUUACUUUGGCCGCACCGUGGAGACGUUGCUUCUCCGCUUUGGCAAGACCAUCGUGGAGGAGCAGAUGGUCCUGAAGCGGGUAGCCAACAUCCUUAUCAACCUGUAUGGCAUGACAGCCGUGCUGUCGCGGGCCAGCCGUUCCAUCCGAGUGGGGCUUCGAAACCACGACCAUGAGGUUCUGCUGGCCAACAUCUUCUGUGCAGAAGCUUAUUACCAGAAUCUCUUCACCCUGUCCCAGCUGGACAAAUAUUCUCCAGAAAAUCUAGAUGAGCAGAUUAAGAAAGUGUCCCAGCAGGUCCUAGAAAAGCAAGCCUACAUCUGUGCCCACCCUCUGGACAGGACGUCCUGAAGCAAAUGGACAGUGUUCCCUACUGCCCCGAGGCCACAACCCAUCGCUGGUCAGCUCUUUCUCCGGGAGGUGGAGCACUUGGAAUUUUUACAAGUGGAAAUGUUUUUUCCCAGUAUAGACCAGAAGGACUUUCUCCUGGCCUGGGGGCGGAGCUUCUUUAGGCUUUGCCCUGCUGGCACUGCCACUUGACCUGAUCCCAGGUGCUGAAGAGACAGGAGAGAGAAUGCAGUUGGUGACACCUGGGAGCUGAGGGGCUUCUGCUAGUUUAGGAGACAUACAGUGGCAACGGGCUUGUGCUGCUGCCUUUGCGUCAGGAGGUUGGUGGGGACCUGUUGCAGGCAUGGAUAGCUACUUCUGCAAGACCAGCUGUGUUCAUAGAACAAAUGCACUUAACCUGUGUACUGGGAACCAUCUGACAACAAAUAUAAAAUGCUUUACCCUUUUAGCCCUCA